AUGUCCUGCUACGAUCUGUGCCGUCCCUGUGGCCCAACCCCACUGGCCAACAGCUGCAACGAGCCCUGUGUCAGGCAGUGCCAGGACUCCCGGGUGGUGAUCCAGCCCUCUCCUGUGGUGGUGACCCUGCCCGGACCCAUCCUUAGCUCCUUCCCCCAGAACACCGCCGUGGGAUCUUCUGCAUCUGCUGCUGUUGGCAGCAUCCUGAGUGAAGAAGGAGUGCCCAUCACCUCUGGGGGCUUCAACCUCUCUGGCCUUGGUGGCCGCUACUACGGCAGAAGGUGCCUUCCCUGCUAAAGCCAUGCUGGGUGUCCAGCAGAUCAACCAGGAAACCCAAAGCCAGUUGCUGGUCUGAGGACAGAACUACUGGCCAUGGUUUCCAGAUGGGUUGAGCACCCUCAUGUCCUCCUGCAAAGGAGGGAAGUAAGGUCUGUCUGAAACAUGGCCAACUGAUGUCUUAUUCUUGAAAUUCCUGCUUUUGAUGACUUCCCUUGCAUCUGUUAUUUUGAGUUUCACAUUGACACGGUGUAAUGCUGUACUUUUAAAUGAUCAGUGGAGGGGUUUUAUUCAGGAAUUUAGGAAAAGUGGAGUCUUGCUUGCUGUCUUUCAGUUGGAAUGGUUUAAAUGGCUUCUUUCCCUUAUAUAAAUAUAUAUAUAUUCCUUUUGUUUUGCAGAAUGCUCCUUGACUUUUUAUCAUUAAACUGAUGUUGCAUCUGAA